GCGAAAGUGGUGGCCAGGGCUGGCGGGGGCUAGUAAGAAGACGAGAGGGGGAUCGGAACUGAGGCAGAGGCAGGGACCGGAGCAGGAGCAGGAGCAGCUGCCCUUCUUGGAGGAUGCUAAGCGCCCAGGAGCCACCUCCUCCCUCCGGGCUCCGAGGGGCCGCAGCCGGAGCUCCUGAGCCGCCGCCGCCACGCAGCCCUCGGGGCACGGCCCUGGCCCCAGCCAAGCCCCUCACCUCCUUCCUUAUCCAGGAUAUCUUAUGGGACGGGGCGGAGAGGCGCAACAUCGGGAAGCUUAGCCCCGCUCCCGGGCCCGAGCCGGAACCCGAGCCUGCUCCUCAGCCGGAGGCCGAGCCCGGCUCCUUGUCCGGGUCCGAGAGCGGCCCGGCGCCCCAGGAUCAGCACCCCGCGAGGCCCGCGGAGGUCGACCGGAGCAUCGAGCCGGGCUCCUCUCCCUCGGGGGCAGAUCCAGAUGCACACUUGGAGACCUGUCUGUUGGACUGUGCAAACUCUGCCAGGGCUGCCUCCCCCAAAGCCCUGAAGCCACCCAAACGGUCCCGGGCUGCCUUCUCCCACACCCAAGUCAUUGAGCUGGAGAGGAAGUUUAGCCACCAGAAGUAUCUGUCGGCCCCCGAGCGGGCUCACCUGGCCAAGAACCUCAAGCUCACUGAGACCCAGGUCAAAAUCUGGUUCCAGAACAGACGCUAUAAGACCAAGAGAAAGCAGCUGACCUCUGACCUGGGAGACCUCGAAAAGAACUCCCCCCUGCCCAGCCUAAAGGAAGAGAACUUCUCUGGGGCCUCGCUGAUCUCCAUGUAUAACAGCUACCCCUACUAUCCUUACCUCUACUGCUGGGGAGGUUGGAGUCCAGCCUUCUGGUAACCCUGCCUGGUGACCAGGGCCCAACCCAUCGCUGCUUCUUCCACUUUGUUCUCUGAAAGCAAAAGGGGGCCGGAGGCAGGGGAGUCAGGAGAGGCGAAGAGAGGCCCAUGCACCCUGCCAAAGGCUUCCAGCGGCAGGCAAGCCCCCAUUCCUGGACUGGUGGGUUCACUAAGGCUGGGACCAGGCAUCAUAUUUAAUAUUUAAAUGGUACUCAGGGCCACCCAAGGCACCAAACGAGGGCACCCCUCUCAUCCCAGGGAUGUUAUAGAGAAAGACUCUCUUUCAUUCAGAGUGGGAUCAGAUUAGACAGUGCUGGGUGCCACCACAGACUUUGAAAGCCUGAAAACUGAAGUGGAUCUGACUCCCUCCCCAUUCUCGGUUUAACUGUCUUUGCUUUGAACUACCUUUCUUUAACUAACACACACGCAACACACACACACACAACACACACACACACGCAACACACACACACGCAACACACACACACGCAACACACACACUCUGUUCGAGCUCCUGAGCUCUCUUGACAGUGCCUUCAUGCUUUGUUUUAUGAGCUGUCAGCAUCUCUGCUUCCGGGAGGGUCUGUUCUUUUCCUUCAGCUCGGUCACCUGUGUAAACGCAGCAUCUCAGGAGAAGCAAAAGCUAUGCCAAGAGAGGGGCCUUAUGACAGGGUCUGCACUGGGCCUCUUUGGGACUGCGAAAUGUGCCUGAGGUUCUCUUUGUGCCCCCCUCCCUUCCCCACAGAAGAAUGUCAGUCCCUUGAGGGCAGGUCCCAGUUAAUUUUCUGUCUCUGUAUCUCCAGUGUCUAUUACAGUGCCUAGCACACAGUAGGGGUUUAAUAAAUGAUCGUUGCAUUGCACUUGGAGAAGGCCCGCUCCUGGACAGUUUCAGAACUAGCCAGGCAAGGCAGGAUCUUAGCUAUUUCCUUGAUUUCUGAUUGAGGGAAGAGGUGAAAACAUUGCAUUAAAAAUUGUGGAAAGGUCAAACAAAGGUUCACUCCAAAGGUGUGUGUGUGUGUGUGGGGGAAUUCUGAACAUCCAUUGUGUCACAGACUUAUUAGCAGUCUGGUAAAGCCUUUCUCAAGAUCAUGUUGUAAGAUCAUUGAAAGAAGUCUUAAAUUUCAGUUAGAAAUUAGUGAAAAUAAAAAUGGAUUUUUUUCAUCAUCCGAGUUCCCAGACCCUCUAGAAUCAAUCCCUAAGUCCUGGGGGGAGAGGAGGGUAAGAUUAAGAAUUCCUAAAGAGGGUUUCUCUUUCAAAAAUAAGACCAAUGGAGGAUGAGACAAUUACUGCCGGUCUGUCUAAACAAACAUGACUUGGAACUGAAGGUGUGAGCAGUGUCAAAGUAGUCCUUUUAUUACCGGUAGGGCAGUGGUAGUGGGUGGGGGUAGGGGAGAGGGAAGGAAAGGAAGUCCUCUCUUUGCAGGCAUCAUGAAGCAGUGGAAAGUUACUGAAUUAGGAGUCAGAAGAUCUGGGCUUCAUCCCUAGCUUUCCCACUUAGCAAUCCUACCAUUUUAACCUCUCUAAGCCUCAGUUUCUCCAUCUGUAAAUUGGGGGAGACUAAAACCUAUUCUAGCCUAACCUCACAGUGUUAUUGCAGGAAUCAAAUGAGACCACGUAGGUGAAAAAAAAACACAUUUCUUUGCAAACUACAGUGUUAGAUAAAGGUAAGAUGGUUUUAUUAUUAUGAAUUCAAGGAGCCAUCGCUGACAUUUUCCCUUGGGAACCUAGGGAUUCUGCCUGAACCCUAGAGUGAAGGAUGCAGCUGUCACAGUCUAACCAGACCUCUGCCUCCUGCCAAAGUUUCAUUUUGAGUGCCAAGUGGCUUUCUUCAGGGUUCACCCUCCCCAGAGCUCCAUCGAGAAGCCAUGCUUUCGGCUUGGCUGAAGAGGCUGAUUCCUAUUGCCUUUCAUCCUCUCUCAGAGAAAACAAAAAUGACAGGUGAAUUAAAGAUCUGAGAGAGUUGACAGACAUCUUACAGUAUAAGAACAAAAAAAAAUUGUUCUUUAAAACAAUUUACUCAAUCCAAAUCCUAUCAAAGAACCAUAUUGAGUGAGGGAAGCUCCUGAGUGAUGGCCUGUUAUCGAUGAGGUUGAGCUAAGAGAACAGGACUAAAGGAUGCAGUGGAAGAAAAUCUGAUGACAAGUUGGGCUGAGAUGUAGCCCUGCCCCACCUUAACUCAACGAGCAAGGUGAAGGAAGGAAUAGUGGGCUUGGUGAGAGACAAGAGAACCGCUUUGACAUUGGACAACCCUUGUAAAAACCACCAAUGAACAGAUUCUAAGUCUCAGGUCCUGCAAGUCAGUGGUUACAUGGGCAGGGGUGUUAGUUAGUUAGUUAGUUAGUUAGUUAGUUAGUUAGUUAGUUAGUUAGACAGAGGCCCCUAAAGGGAUCCCUCAAUAACCUUCCAGAUGCAGUGAAGAAGAGGUUUAAAUACAGGAGACAACUUUCCUAUUUACUCUAGGGCAGUGGGACUUGGAAUCCUGUUACACAGGAGACCUGUGUAGCAAUUCCAUCUCUGCUACAUCUAUGUCACCUUGGGCAAAUCACUUAACCUCUCUCAAGGCCUCCGUUUCUCCUUCUAGAUGACUUCAAAGGUCCCAUCUAACUUUAAGUCUAUGUCCUAUUGCUAAGGUACCUCAUAGAGGAGGAGGCACUGGAAAAGGGAGGAUGAUGGCCAAUUUUCUACCCAGAUCCCUGCCCUCUAGAAGUCUUUUCAAUGCACUACCUAUUCCUGUCUGGUCUCAAAACAAAACAAAAAACCUUUUAACAUUCUUCAUCUAAUAAGGGCUAAUUUUCAGUCAGUGACAAAACUGCUGAAGUAAGCUUAUGAAAAUUUGGCCUAGCUUGUCCUCCUGUAGCCCAGGCUCUGUGCCGGAAUUUGGUGCAAUGCCACCAUCACCCAUGAUUAAGCUUAGACCCACUUCUAGAAAUCUCAGGAUGAUUCGCCUUAAUUACUCACUCCCUUUCAGGCUUGUUUGCCUCUUAAGAUAACCUUUAAUCGCUCGGGAAUGCAUUCUCUCCUCACUGUUCCAAAUUUCAUUUUCUCAGCAUGGAGAUUUAUAAAUGGGCAUCUUUUUACUGUGAUGUAAGUGUUGCAAAAGCAAAAUAGAAAACACAAGCUUUGCUUCCAAAAAGAACUUAAAAAAUAAUUUGUCAUGGUCAACUCCCUUGGGAAGGAGAUGCAUGAGUAGAAACUGUUUGACAGUGUCAGAGUGGGCAAGAUGGACUAUGCCCUUGACAAUUUCACCCAAGAACAAAUGUGUCAUUUCAGUUCAAGAACUGAGUUUGGGCUCUUUCUCCCGAUGCCCACCAAUCCAACCACCAUCUCUCACUGUUUGUGGUUUGAAUCAAUAACCUAACCCCCAACAAAAAUUGUAUUUUAUGUAUAUUUUUGCAACA